AUGUCUCAGCAAAACUUCAAGUUCGAGACUCUCCAGCUCCACGCGGGCCAGGAGCCGGAUCCCACGACUAAUGCCCGUGCCGUCCCCAUCUACGCCACGACUAGCUACGUCUUCAAUGACUCGGCCCACGGUGCCCGGCUCUUCGGCCUCAAGGAGUUUGGUAACAUCUACUCGCGGAUCAUGAACCCCACGGUUGAUGUUUUCGAGAAGAGAGUCGCGGCCCUCGAGGGUGGUGUUGCCGCUGUUGCGGCCUCGUCCGGGCAGGCCGCGCAGUUCAUGGCCAUCGCGGCGCUCGCGCACGCCGGUGACAACAUUGUUGCGACGUCCAACCUGUACGGCGGUACCUACAACCAGUUCAAGAUCCUGUUUAAGCGCCUGGGCAUCACGACCAAGUUCGUGAACGGCGAUAAGCCAGAGGACAUUGCUGCUGCCAUUGACGACAAGACCAAGGCCGUCUACAUUGAGAGCAUUGGCAACCCGCGCUAUAACGUCCCCGAUUUUGAGGCCAUUGCCAAGGUCGCCCACGACGCUGGCAUCCCGCUGGUGGUCGAUAACACCUUUGGUGCGGGCGGCUACUUUGUGCGCCCAAUCGAGCACGGCGCCGACAUCGUCGUGCACUCCGCGACCAAGUGGAUCGGCGGCCACGGCACCACCAUCGCCGGUGUCAUUGUCGACAGCGGCAAGUUCGACUGGGGCAAGCACGGCGACAAGUUCCCGCAGAUGGUCGAGCCGUCCGAGGGCUACCACGGCCUCAAGUUCUGGGAGACCUUCGGCCCGAUCACCUACGCCAUCCGCGUGCGCGUCGAGCUCCUGCGCGACCUCGGCGCCUGUCUCAACCCCUUCGGUGCGCAGCAGCUGCUGCUCGGUCUGGAGACGCUGUCGCUGCGCGCUGAGAGGCACGCCCAGAACGCGCUAGCUCUGGCCCACUGGCUCCAGCAAAGCCCCUACGUCGCUUGGGUCUCGUACCCGGGCCUGGAGUCUCACCCGUCGCACGCGACGGCCAAGAAGUACCUCAAGCGCGGCUUCGGCGGUGUGCUGAGCAUCGGUGUCAAGGGCGGCGGCGCGGCUGGCUCGCGCGUUGUUGACGGCCUGAAGCUCGUGUCCAACCUGGCCAACGUCGGCGAUGCUAAGACGCUGGCCAUUCACCCUUGGACCACGACUCACGAGCAGCUAACUGACGAGGAGAAGAUCAGCUCUGGUGUGACCGAGGACCUCAUCCGUAUCUCGGUUGGUCUCGAGCACAUCGAUGAUAUCAUUGCCGACUUUGAGCAGUCGUUCAAGGCGGCGGCUGAGGCGGGCUAUUUGGAGGCGGCCAACUAG